GUCGAGUUGCCUUGUACAGCAGGCUUACAGUGACAGAAACACAGAGACAGAGGCGACAUCUGGUGUGAAAAAGAUCUCAUUGGCUGUGCUGGAUAAUGCAAUACAAAAAUUAUUAGACCUUCGUAAAGACCAAGGCAGAGCUUUUGUUCGUUUUCUUGAACAUUGUAGUAGCACUGAAUCUGUAACCAUGGUUACUCAACAGAAAUUCUCAACACGUGUGUUGUGUGGUGUGUUAGGUCACAACCCAUCUUUGAAAGUGUCUGAAGCCUUGAGGCAGCAGUCCAAGUGGACUUUCUCUCUGACUUCUGCUGACGAAAUCAAUACUUACAAAAAGCUGUUGGUUGUGUUUGACGUUAAAGAAGCAACCAGUCUUCUUCUGCGUAUAUUGGCCAAUCAGGAGGUAAAUUGGCAUUCUGUGCUGACCUGUCUCUCAACACUGCUGGUAUGUUUCGAGGAGGCUCCCAGAUAUGUCAAAGGCAUUGUUGGUGACCUUGUAAACCAAGCCCUAGAGAAUUCUGAUGUGGAUUCCAUCGUGACAGCCUUUGUGUUAGUGAGACAAGGAUGUCUAGAAGGCCCACAUAUUUUUCCCUCUUACAGGGAAUGGUUUCAGGAGACUUUUGGAGAUGCUUCAAGGUCGCCAGCUAACAGCAAGAAAUCAUUUGUGUUCCUCAUGAAAUUUCUCACUGACAUUGUGCCAUUUGAAGAGGCUCAGUACCUAAAGGUCCACAUCCUCCAUCCUCCGUUUGUUCCUGGGAAAUGUCGGCCAUUUUAUGCAGACUAUGUCACGCUAGCGAAGACCAGACUCUCAGAUCUAAAGGAAUCUUUAGAAUCUGAAGCUUUAUAUUCUGAUGCAACUACAAGCAAGGAUAAGUUGGAGCAAAAGCAACAGCUGGAGAGGGAUGUUGGCGUUGCCCUCCGUGCCUUUGAGAAGACAGGGAAAGUGCCAUCUAGUGUAAUGGAGGCAAGCAUAUUUCGAAAGCCAUACUAUGUUGGAAGAUUCCUGCCAGCAUUACUGACACCAAGACCUCUACCAGAGUCAGCAGAUACAAAAAUGCAGUUUAUCAAUGCCCUAUACAGAGCAGAGAAAAUUCCGCCGACCAUGUUCUCGAAUUAUGAAGAGGCCUGCAAGAGAGAGGCUCAGAAGCUUCUGGAAGGUGUAUUUUCUGAUGAGGACUCCAUGGAUUCACUUUUGUUGGACCCGCUGGAGCAGUUACAGCACAGUCUAGACCAGUUUGUAGAGAGUGUGAAUCAGGGGAAAACUGACACAUCCUCUCUCCUGUCCGGUAUUGCUGGCAAACUGGACUCCCUGACCACUGGUCUGGAGGGUGUGCCUUCAGACACUGGUGUUGUCAGACUGGACGUUAACUGCCCACAGCUGGACCCUAGGGAAGUUAAGAUCUGUGACAAGCUCCUGGAAACAUUCUGUCAGGGCGUGGCAUUGAGUGCAGCUGGUCACUACACCUGGUGUACUCCCUUCAUUAGCAUGCUGAGUGGACAGAGGUCACUUCAUACUGCCCUCUUCACCAGAGUGUACUGGCUGCUACACAGACAGAGUCUGACCCUGACAGAGUACCACACGGCAGGUAUAGCAGCAUUUCUGGUUCACCUUGCCAGCCAGGAACACUUGUUUACACAGGUCACACUAGGGGGCAGUGCAGUCAGUCUGACCACAGCUGGAUUAGUGGAGGAGAUGAUCCAGGGACUGACCUUGAUCUCUGGUCGCGAGAUGAACUUUUGUUUAAGGCUCAUAACAUAUUACCUGAAGCAUGCGUUAGAGAGUCGCACCCAGUUUUAUUUGUUCUACAUGGAUGCCAAGUCAGCUGUAAUACCAGCAUCUCUCUUAGUCAAGCUCUCCUUCCUGGUUCCCAGAUGCUAUGCUGCAGCCAGGAGAAGCUGUCGUAUGUUUGGAGAUGUUCUCCUCUCCACAGAGACAUUUGAAGCACUUGUUGUGGGACUGUACAGGUCUGGCAAAGUGCAGGAACUUCUUGGCUUAACCCAGUUUAAAUUAAGAGACUGGGUGGGGCUAGAGCUACAGGUUCAACCCUCAGAGGACUGCCUGGAUGAAUUACAGAGACUAGACUACUACAGAUGGGUUCUACACUCCGUCUUUAUUCCAAAACCUGUGCAAGAUGGCGGCUGUGGAGGAAACAUUAGAGAAGCUGUGACUGUGUUAUUUAAUGGAAUUAUUGACCAUGACUUGAAUGGAAAUCUCAGAGUUUCUGACAUUGGCUGUCAUCAUCACCGUGAGNUCUCCUUUGUUCCAAACCAAAGAACAGCACAAGAUCUGAGUUGGUGUUAGUUCUGCAGGAACUGUCUCAGUACCUUUCAAGCAGUACUGUAGAGGCAGCUUCCACCCAAGACAAGUCAUGGUUGCUGUUCACCAUCACACACAGGUUG